AUGAGCUCCUCGAAGUCACAGUUGCCGCCGACCUUGCCCUUGGCAAUCAAAAAAGAACCGAAGGAAGAAACGCCACUGUUCGCAACUUGCGUCACCGCAGGUCCAGUAGCCAGCGGCAGCAGCAGUACCAGCAUUCCGCGCAAAGAUUCGAUCGGCUGGGGCGCCGACGAUUUCUUGGGCAUGAUUUCUCACACCCCUCCGGCAUUUUCGCCCGGUAGUUUAACAAUGCCAAUGACGAAACGAGGGCGUAGUGGGAGCGUUUCUAGUCGUCUCUUAAGUGCGUCGGAGUUGGAAGAGCGUGGCUACAUUGACCGAUACCAAAAGGGUGUACUGAAGGACUUGAUUAUUAGUGGAGACGAAGCACUGCAAAAAGCUUUGGAAAAAUUCGAUGCUGGCGACCCGACGACGCUGGAAGCAAUGCUGGACAGUGGCGCGCUUAAUCGGAAAUCCUCGUCGAUUGAUUUAUUGGACGACCUCGAUCUUGGGUUUCUUAAUGUCGGCUCGUUGGGUGAUACACCGAAAGACGAGUUUCCAUCGGGGGCACGAAACCAGUCACUAGACGAGUGGGAUGAACUCGGUUUUGACUCGUCAUUUGCUGACGUGUCAGCUCGUGAUAUUUUGGACGGCGAGUUCUACAGCUCAUCACUUGGUGCUUCGUUGCCCAACUCGUUGCCAUCCAUGGGUCUUGGCAUCACUCCGCCCGCAGGUUUUAGUUUUGCAGAGGACUUUUUAGAUAAACAGGUGAAAACCGAGCCGGGAGUGAAAGUGGAAGGGAGAAGUAACGGUCCUGGGGGCAAGUCCAGCAUGACCUUAUCUGGUGCCACUACUUGUUCAACCGGCUCGUCUGCAGCGUCAUCGACCGCAGUCGCGUCAAGUGUGUCUACUUCUCGUCCAAUCGGCAUUCCAGGAGCUGCUGGGGUUGCGGGCGUUACGCGAACGUUCGGUGGAAUCGACACGGCAAAAGGUAAAGACGGACAAAAUCAGAACUUUGUGGGCGCCUAUUCGCCAGAUUCUAGACGGAAACGUAUUGAGAAAUUUCUUGACAAGCGGCAAAAGCGCGUAUGGCGGAAAGAGGUCAAAUAUGAUGUGCGCAAAAAUUUUGCUGACUCGCGACUGCGGGUGAAGGGUCGGUUUGUAAAGAAGGAGGACGAGCAGUUGCUGCGCGAGUUGCUGAGUUUUACCUAA